ACGGAUACUUUAACAUUAUGGUUUCAAUUUGGUUCGGAACUCAAGCUGAUGAAGCCUUUUCAGAGGCGUGGCAUUCCAAGGCGGCUAAUGUCCAUUUCGAUGGUUUGAAUUCGAUUAAAUCCAAGGUUUAUUUGUCUCCAAAGCUGUGGUAUUUGAGGAUUGGUGUGAUUGAAGCUCAAGAUGUGGUGUUGGGAGACAAGAUGAGGUAUCCGGAGCUGUUUGUUAAAGUUCAAGUGGGGAAUCAGGUUUUGAAGACGAGAAUUGCAUCUCUUGGUUCGGGUAGGAGCUUUUCUAAUCCUUAUUGGGAUGAGGAUUUGAUGUUUGUUGUGGCUGAGCCUUUUGAGGACUACUUGUUGAUCUCGAUUGAGGAUCAUUUGGGUCUGAGCCGCGACGAGGUUGUUGGGAGGAUGGCUCUCCCGGUUUCCAACGUCGAGAGGCGGCUCGACGAGAAAGGCGCUGUGUCGAGGUGGUACAACCUCGACACGUGCGAGGGGAAGGCCGUGGGGUUCGGGUGUCGGGUGCAUUUACGUGCGUCGCUGGAGGGCGGAUACCACGUGCUCGAUGAGGCAACCGUGUACAGCAGCGACGUCCGCACCACGGCGAAGCAGCUGUGGAAACCUAGCAUUGGGGUUCUUGAGGUUGGGAUUUUGGGGGCGUCGAAUCUUGUUCCAAUGAAGGUUAAGGAAGGGAAGGGAGGGAUUGCGGAUGCUUAUUGUGUUGCUAAAUAUGGGCAGAAAUGGGUGAGGACUCGAACCGUGGUGGAUAGUUUGAGUCCGAGGUGGAACGAGCAGUACACGUGGGAGGUGUUUGAUCCUUGUACGGUAAUCUCGAUCGGUCUGUUUGAUAACUCUCGUGUCACGGGGGCUGGCUCCAGAGACACGAGGAUCGGGAAGGUGCGGAUCCGUCUCUCUACACUAGAGACGGAUCGGGUGUACGCCCACGCGUACCCUCUCCUGAUGCUUCACCCGUCCGGGGUGAAGAAAAUGGGGGAGUUGCAUUUGUCUGUGAGGUUCACGUGCGCGAAUGUGUUGAACAUGCUUCACAUGUACGCCACGCCGCUCCUUCCGAGGAUGCACUAUGUGGUGCCGCUGUCGAUGGCGCAGCUGGAAAGCCUUCGCCACCAGGCGAUGAGUGUGGUCGCGGCGAGGCUGGGGCGGGCUGAGCCUGCCCUGGGGAGGGAGGUGGUCGAGUACAUGCUCGACCACGACUCCAAUGUGUGGAGCAUGAGGAAGAGCAAGGCGAACUUCCUCAGGCUCACCAAGGUGGUGGGAUGGGUCGUGGCGGUGGGGAGGACAAUGGAGAUGUCGAGGAGCUGGCGGAGGCCGGUGGUCUCUGCUGUGUUUGUGAUGAUGUUUAUGGUGGCGGUGAUGGUCCCGGAGAUCGUAAUGCCAUGCGUGCUGUUGACGAUGGCGGGGGUGGGGAUGUGGCGGUACAGGUUGAGGCCACGACAUCCACCCUACAUGGAUGCUAGGGUGUCAUACGCAGAGAGCGUGCAUCUGGAUGAGCUGGACGAGGAGUUCGACUCGUUCCCGACGAGCCGGAGUCCGGAGUUGGUGCGGAUGAGGCACGAUCGACUGAGGAGCGUGGCGGCGAGGAUUCAGACUGCGGUGGGGGACUUGGCGACGCAGGGGGAGAGGUUUCAGGCAUUGCUGAGCUGGAGGGACCCGAGGGCGACGUUCUUGUUUGUGGUGGUGUGUUUGGUGGUGGCGUUCGGGUUCUACUUGGUGCCAAUUAGGUGGGUGGUGGCGCUGGGCGGAGGAUAUUACCUUCGCCCGCCCAGGUUUAGGAGCCGGCAUCCGUCGUGCGCCAUCAGCUUCUUCAAGAGGCUGCCUUCGAAUGCGGAUGGCAUGUUGUAGUGUGGAAACUACUAAGGCAUGAGGAUGAAUGAUCAUGAUCUUUGCUGCUAAGUUGUGUUAUGAUGCUUUCUUUUAUACUCCGUACUUACUUUUUUGCUUUGUAGACUUGUGGAUUAGUUGGGGAAUGACUUUCUUAUUUCUUUUGCUUUUUUCUCUUUCUGGUUGCCUUAUGUUUUGUUGGUGAUGUAAAGUUGAAUAUUUGGGAUCUUAUUCCUAUAUAUGUAUAAUGGUGAAAUCAACUUUUGGAUGGCAUUUUUAAAACAUUCAUCGGAAA